AUGGAGCGGUGGCGCGUCGAGCCGCCCAAACCGGCGGCGCCGUGGAAGCGGAAGGACCGAGUAGCGCCGGUCGCCGACGCCGACGCGACGCUGCACGAUGUCCUGGCGCACUACGCAGCGCGCUUACCGCACGACGCGAGGUCCACCGAAAGCCGCGUCGAUUCGCUCUGCGCGCAGUUUGUACAGCCACUGAACGGUGGACUCCCAGCGCAGCUCAGCACGGCGCUCGCAUUGGAGUUGGCCACGACGAUGCUGCGAAGAGCGCUGCCCGCGUCCUCGCCACUCGCCGACGUCGUGACGCAGACGCUGCUCCACGCCGUGUACAGAGACUACGACCCGCAAAAAGACCUGCUCGACAACUGUCGGUUCGCCGACUCCUCCGCGAUAGAUGCGGCGCCCGAGGUCGACGACGACCCGCCUACCAAGCAAGUCGACUACGAGGCGCUCGCCAAGCUCUGGAAUAACCUCGUGGCCGACGAUCGCGGUGGCGACGCUGGUGUCGCGUGCCUCGUGGGAUGCAUUCAAACGCUACCCGACACCCACCAGCGCAAUAUCGUCGACCGCGUCGUCGCCGAGCUGCGCCCUGUCGCUCCCGACCCGUGUCUCGAGCGUAACGAGACGACGAGGAGGAUACGAGUCGACCAAGAAAACGGCCAAGUCGUCGACGACAUUGACGGCAAUGACGACGAUGACGACAACGACGACGAUGACGACGAAGCGUUCUUUGAGCAGUUGGUGGACGACCUGCGCGAGAUCUACAACCUCCUGGACGCCUACGACCCCCGUGCCCAGCGCAGCGCGCGCUACAAGCUCCACGUACUUUUGUCUGGCACGCUUGGCGCGCCGCCCGACGAGCCCGGAAUACGAGACGCGCGGGAGCGAAUGGCGCAGCUCGUCGGCGAUCUCGACGCGGAGACGCGUGUGCGUUUGCUCUUAUUGUAAUAGCUCCUAUUUAUUAUGACGACGCC